UUAGUUAAGUACAUAUAUUUUUCGAUUUGUAUAGUUCUCCGUUUAUCUAAGAAUUUUUUAGCAAGAAUAAAAUUGCAUUUAAUGCUCGUUAAAACAGGCUAGAACCUGCAACCUAAACCAUGAAUCGUCGGAUUCCGAUUAAAUUAACGGAGCUCUCGGAAUUGUUUCGCACAAAAACCUUAGAUCCGAUUUCGACGACCGAGCGGGCUCUUGCGCUAGCGGACCGGUUGCGGGAUCUCAAUGCUUUUAGCAAAAUUUGCAGCUCCAGCGCGCUUCAGUCGGCUGAGCUGGCAAAUCAGCGCUAUCAAAACGGCAAACCGCUCAGUGUUUUGGAUGGUGCUUCAAUCGCUGUUAAGGACAACUUUUGCACCAAAGAUGUGCCCACAACAUGCGCAUCUCGGAUGCUGGAAAAUUUCGUACCAAGCUAUAGUGCCACGGUUUACGAGCGAUUGAAACAAAACGGUGCAGUACUGAUUGGGAAAACGAACAUGGAUCAGUACGGGAUGGGUUCAGGAACUGUUGAUUCCAUUUUUGGACCUACCAAGAAUUACUGGAGUGAAGACUUGCAAGGCAGUAAUUUUCGAAUCGCUGGUGGUAGUUCAGGCGGUUCAGCUACUGCAGUUGCAUCGGGUGUCUGUUUUGCUGCACUCGGCUCAGACACAGGUGGAUCAACUCGCAAUCCUGCCUCCUACUGUGGAGUAGUUGGAUUCAAAGCUACCUAUGGAUUGCUCUCCAGACAUGGCUUGAUACCUUUAGUCAACUCCAUGGAUGUUCCAGGAAUUAUUACCAGAACUGUAGAAGACUGCAUUACCGUAUUUAAUGCUAUCGCUGGACCAGAUGAGCGCGACUCGACAACACUGAAGAUUCCUUUCGAACCAAUUUCCAUACCAAAACCCGAUCAGAUAUCUUUGAAAGGAUUGAAAGUAGGCAUUCCUGCUGAGUAUCAUUGUCCUGGUUUGUCCAGUGAAGUCUUAGACACUUGGACCAAGGUAGCUGAUAUGUUAGAAAACGCAGGAGCUUCCGUUAAAUCCAUUUCACUUCCGUAUACUUCUGCUUCUAUUUUCGUGUAUUCGAUUCUGAAUCAAUGCGAGGUUAGCAGUAACAUGUCUCGGUAUGACGGUAUAGAAUAUGGUUAUAGGUCGGAUGACAAUUUCAGCACGGAACGACUCUAUGCAAGAUCGAGAGCCAAAGGUUUUAACAGCGUGGUUAAGAAUCGAAUUCUCGCUGGGAACUUUUUCCUCUUACGGAACAAUUACGAUAAAUACUUUCAAAAGGCACUCAAGGUGAGGCGACUAAUAGCGAACGACUUUGCCCGGGCCUUCCAAACAGUGGACGUAAUACUGACACCAACCACGCUUAGUACAGCUCCUAGCUACAACGAAUUCAUCCGCAGUAAUAACAGAGAUCAAUGUGCUGUCCAGGACUUUUGUACGCAACCUGCAAACAUGGGUGGAAUUCCCGCUCUGUCAUUACCGAUUCGCCUGUCGGCAAAGGAAAAAUUGCCGAUUAGUUUGCAGUUAAUGGGACCAAACCUCUCUGAGCAAAGGAUGUUCAAAGUUGCUAGCUGGAUAGAGAAUGAGGUUCAAUUUUACCAUCACUACACCUCCAGUUAAACUGCUUUACUUAAGGCUUUAGGAAUAAACAGUCAUAAUUUUAACUCCAUUAAGUUGUCUUUUCAUAAAUA